GAGAGAGAGAGAGACAGAUACAGACACACACACACAGAUAGAGAGACAGAAACAGAGAGAGAAAGAAGGAAUAAAGUGAGUUGGAGAAAAGAGAAAGGGAUAGAAAGAGUAAGGAAGUAAGAGGAAACGAGGCAAGGAAGAGGAGAUUGUAAAAGGGAGAGAGGAGAAGAGGAAGCGAGGAGUGUAAGAGGGAGAGAGGGAGGUGAGAGUGUAAGAGGGAGAGAGGGAGGUGAGAGUGUAAGAGGGAGACGGGAGGAAAAGAAGAGGGGGGUGUAAGACUGAGAGAGGAAGGGGGGAGUGUAAGAGGAGGAGAGGAGACACAUGGAAUGAGGCAGGACAGGGGGAGGUGUGUGAGUGACUAAUCCAUUCCUCCAGACAGAGAGAGGCAGACAGAGGCCAGGACUGGGGAGAGUGACUCAUUCAUUCCUUGGGAUACAGACAGUCAGAGCAAAGCUGGCAUCAAGGAGUGCUCACCUAGCUCAACACGUGGCAAAGGAGGGAGCAACGGCCUGAGGGUGCCACCGGUGUGAGGGGACACCAGCCUGAGAGUGCCACCGGUGUGAGGGGACACCAGCCAGAGGGUGCCACAUACAGCAUCACAUUGCUACUGGUCUGAGUGUGCCCUUGGCAAACAAGAGCCACCAAUCUGAGAGUGCCACUUGGAGUGUGCCACCAACUUAAAGCAAAAGUGUGCCACAGAUCUGAUGGUGCCACUGGCUGGGCAGAUGAUGGGGCUCACACGACAUCCAUUUGUGCUGCUGCUCCUGGUAGCAAUGUGCAGAGGAGAACCAGACCCAGAGGAGCAGUGCCCCUCAGGACGGUCAUGGAGCCAGGAUCUUGGGAAAUGUAUGGACUGCACUCUCUGCGAGACAUCCAGCAAGAGCGAUUUCUGUCACAAAUGUGAGAUCUUAGACCCAUGGGAUUUUCCAUGGCUCAUAGUCGGAUUGUCAGCUCUUGGGUCCAUGCUCAUCAUUUUGAUACUUGCUGUCACGGUGUACCUGACUCACUGCCGCAGGAAAAACAAAUUCACCACUCCCAUAGAAGAGACAGGAGCGCACUCAGCUGAGGAGCUGCUAAUACAUUAAUGGUUACCAAUACCUCCAUGACCCCGGACAAACAGGGAGGACGCUGCUAUCCAUGCACUGUGUUAUACAUGUGUAUAUAUAUGUAUUAAGGGUGUAUAGAUAUGUAUAUGUGUGUAUAUUCCUGCGCAGGCCGUAGGGACGGAUGCUAUUUUGUUUAAACUCGUGCGAGAUGUGAUGCAUUGCAGAGCAGUGACCUUACACGUCUCGUCCGGCAUCGAAAACGCUUGAUUUUUGCACCGUGAUGGACACAGCUAUCUCCUGCGUGAUGUGCUGACCCAAGGCCCGGAUUCCGCGGGGAGAUUUAUAAAAAUGGAGCUCAAAGUAAAGGAUCGUUCUCGGAGUGGAGCAAUCGGCAGGAACAUUCCACUGGUUGCCACGGUGAUUGUGCCACUUUGAAAACAUCGCCCAACCUCUCUCUUUCUGGUAACAGGUUUAUAGAUCUCCCCCUCUGACUCGCUCUUCACCUCCUCAUCCUUGGUUUCUGUGGAGACGUCUCUGCUCUACGAGGUUCCAAAAUGUAAAGAAAUGGCACAUUCCACCCCACACCACGUUAGAUUGUAAGCUUUGCAGAGCAGGAUUGGGUCCCUCCUAUUUCACAAGUGCCUUGACCAAGCUGUAGGCAAUAAAUUAUCAGUAUUGUUUUCA